GUCACCCGGGCAUCGGGUCAGUCUUGAGGAGCCAGAACGUCGCGCGGCGCCGGAGCUGGGUGAAGGGGCUUGGGGGGAGACAGCCGCUCCAAUUCAUUUCGGGAUUUUUAAAAAAAAGUUUUUAAACUUUAGCUCUAUUUAAUUUAAUUCUCAAAUCCUGCCUCCGUUUUUCCGACGCCUCCUGUCUCGCUCCAUCUCUCUUCCAAUUGCCUGUGCGUUGGUGCAGUUCGCCCGCCGCUGGAAACUCGCUCGCUGAUUGGACGGCUUUCGACUCCAACCCGCUCGCCUAUUGGACGGCAGUCGCUGCGAACUCGCCGAUUGGACGCCGUUGGGCUGUAACGCGCUCGCCGAUUGGACGCCCCACGAAUCGAGCCCGUUCGCUGAUUGGAGGCCGGUCGCCGCUGGUUCGCCGAUUGGACGCCGGUUUCCGUGAAGGUGCUCGCUGAUUGGACGUCGUUCUACUGGAACCCGCUCGCUGAUUGGACGACGUUCGUUUGGCGGGUACUCGCUGGUUGGCCGUGUUGGACCCGCUCGCCGAUUGGACGCCGGUAGCCGUGAACUCGUUUGCUGAUUGGAUGGCGGUGCUGAUGUCGAUGCUGGCGACUUUGGGCCUCUUGCUGUUCCCUCUGAACAGCGCCGUGGAGGUGAAGCGGCCCCAAGGGGUCUCCCUUUCUAAUCGACACUUCUAUGAUGAGACCAAACCAUUUACAUGUUUGGAUGGCUCCAAAACCAUUCCAUUUGACGAGGUGAAUGACGACUACUGUGAUUGCAAGGAUGGCUCUGAUGAACCAGGAACAUCGGCCUGUCCAAAUGGUAGCUUCCACUGUACUAACGCUGGCCACAGACCUCGGUACAUUCCAUCUUCUCGUGUGAAUGAUGGCAUUUGUGAUUGCUGUGAUACUACAGAUGAAUACAACAGCGGUGCUUCGUGUGAAAAUACCUGCAAGGAGCAAGGGCGGAAGGAGAAGGAAACCUUGCAGAAAAUGGCGGAAAUUGCAAAAGAAGGAUUCAGACUCAAACAGCAGCUCAUCGAAGAAGCAAAGAGAAGCAGGGAAGAUAAACAGCAAACGCUCACAGAGUUACAGAAGAAGAAGGAGAUCUGGGAAGCACAGGUUGAAUCAUUGAAAGCAGUAAAGGAAGCAGUAGAGAAGCCUGAACAGGAGGCAAAAGAAAUUCAUAAGAAAGCAUGGGACGAGGUCCAAGCUGUACGUAAGUUAGAGAAGGAAAAAGCCAAGGCUUCUGAAACCUUUAAGGAGCUGGACGACAAUGAAGACGGCUUUGUUUCGAUAAGUGAAGUUCAGACUCAUCCAGAGUUAGACAGCGAUGGAGAUGGUGUGGUAUCUGAGCAAGAGGCUGAGAGCGUGCUGGGAGGUGUCAGUCAGGUUGAUGUUAGCAGCUUCCAGGAGACUAUCUGGGCCGGUAUCCAGGACAAGUACAAGUCUGAGGCAGUAAUUGAAAGCCUAACACCCCCAGAGAUCCCUGUGGAUGAGGCAGAGGACAGCCAUUCUAAGCCACAGCAUGAAGAAUGGAGGAAGGAUGACCACGAUGAGGAUGACGAUGGUGGUGGUGAGGAGCAUGAUGAUGAUGAUGAAGAGGAUGAGGAGGAGGAGGAAGAUGAUGGAGGCGAAGAAGAUUAUAAGGACCAAUCAGCCCCAUAUUUUCCAGAAAAGCAAGAUACUGAAGAAGACAAAAUGCCGGCAUAUGAUGAAGAGACCCAAGCUCUGAUUGAUGCCGCUGAAAAAGCACGAAAUGAGUUCUCCGAAGCCGAGAAAUCGCUGAAGGAGGUGGAGAAUUCGAUCGGGAGUCUUGAGAAGGAGCUUACGAUUGACUUUGGAGCCGAUGGAGAAUUUGCGUACAUGUUCAACCAGUGCUAUGAAAUGACAACAAAUGAGUACAUCUACAAGCUCUGUCCGUUCAAUAAAGUGGCACAGAAGCCAAAACAUGGAGGCUCAGAAACAAGCCUUGGUUUAUGGGGCUCGUGGGCUGGACCGGAAAGCAACAGGUUUAGUGCAAUGAAGUACGAACAUGGUACAGGCUGCUGGCAGGGGCCAAGCAGGUCCACUUUGGUUAAGCUGUCCUGUGGCAAAGAGACUGCUGUGCUGUCCACCUCGGAGCCCAGCCGCUGUGAAUACCUGAUGGAGUUCUCGACACCUGCUUUUUGCCAGGAGGAAAGAGAUGGGGAAGGCACAGACCACGAUGAACUGUGAGAAUCGGGCAAGUGGACUUAACAGGUUGUUGGAACCUCUUGGUGAAGAAGCGAAGGCAAUGAGUUUUUUUGGGGCCUGCAGCACUGUUAACCCAGCAGGCACCUUUUUCCCUCACGGACCAGUUUUCUGAUGUUUUUUUUAAUUGAAGCCCUCCCCUAUAGGCAGUUUUCCAAAACGAUGCCUUUUUCCUACCCCCACCCCGAGAAUCUCUGGUGUGACCUCCCAUCGUUGGCCACUUGGUUACUAAAUCGCCACCCUACAAAUUUUUUUUUCUUAACGAUGCAGUCUUCCCCCACCACCCCCCCCCCACAAAAUCUGUAAGACACAGCGACUCAGCUCAGUAUCCAACCUCAACCAAUACUCUGCAAGAUUCGGUGAAAUAAAUUUUUUAAUGCUUGUAAAAUUUAUGUGAGGAAACCAAUGAGGCUGAUAGAGCUGCUGUGUGUACAGUUGGCUAUUGGUCUUCCUCUACGAGAGCAGCAAGUCACAUUUUUUUUAAAAAUGUGGUUCAGGUCUGGGCUCAAGAUUCUGUGCAUACUGCUUCUGUGACAUGUAGGUUGAAGAAUUUCCUUCUCUUCCCCCAAAGAAGCCAGGUCCCACAAUCUGUUAAUGUUACACAAAUCCGAAAUAUGAAAGUCUGAAAAUGAAAUAAUAACCAACUGAUGUCUUUGCCAAAGUGGUUUAAUUUUGUUUUGAAAGUGGUUUUCUCUUACCCACCCCCAUCACCACUCCAUCCCCAAAAUGUUUUGACCCUUCCCCAAAUCUCUGUCCUAUUACAAGUGCUCAGAACCUCGCAGUCCUCCCUCGAUGGGGAACAGAUGUUACUGUUGCUCAGUACUCAGCUGGCUGGAUUCAGGCAGAGUGAAACAGGUUUCCAGGCACAAGUUUUUUUCCUCCUCCUCCAGGGACAAUUGUUUCUUCUUUUUGCCUCUUUGCUGUUGUGUAAUGAUAGGCAGGAACCGGAAGGCAUACGACACUUGCGGAUCUGUAAUAGUAAAUGGCUAGUUCUGUUGACUCUGAUUUUGCAGCCUAAUGGGUUUUGGUCUUGGGGAUUUAUUGCUGAAAUCUGCUUCCCUCCCAACCAGGCUAUCAAGGUGAAUCUGAUUCAAGCACCCGCCCGGGAGCCUUGUGGCGCCUUUAACUGCACCUCAGCCGUUGUAUUCCACCCCUCUCGUCUACGACCAAACAAUUGUGUCUUAAAUUUUUUUGAAUAGGAUCAUUGUAUUUUUUUUUAAAUCAGAUACAAGCUGUCUUUCCAGAGGUAAUCGAGCACUUGCCAGUUGUUCAGCGCCUGUCUAUCCUAUCAGCUGUUUACAGUCACACGCUGCCACAAUCUAGUAGAAUUGCUGAGUGUUAAAUGAGUACCUUAUGGUGACAAAUGAAAAUAAACUGGUGGAUGAAGCUGGAAAGAA